AUGGUGCUCGCGCAAUUAGGAGGGAGUAUAUCGCGGGCUCUUCAGCAGAUGAGCAAUGCGACGAUCAUUGAUGAGAAGGUUCUGAACGACUGUCUCAAUGAGAUCACACGAGCGCUCCUUCAGUCCGAUGUACAGUUCAAACUUGUCCGCGAUAUGCAGACCAAUAUUAAGAAAAUCGUCAAUCUUGAUGACCUAGCUGCGGGCCACAAUAAGCGAAAAAUCAUCCAACAGGCUAUUUUUAACGAGCUUUGCAAGAUUUUGGAUCCCGGAAAGCCUUCAUUCACUCCCAAAAAAGGGAAAACGAGUGUUGUUAUGUUUGUCGGUUUGCAAGGAUCUGGGAAAACAACCACGUGUACAAAAUAUGCAUACUACCAUCAGAAGAAAGGCUGGAAACCAGCUCUGGUCUGUGCUGAUACAUUUAGAGCUGGUGCUUUUGACCAGUUGAAGCAAAAUGCCACUAAAGCUAAAAUUCCGUUUUAUGGAAGCUAUACAGAGUCAGAUCCUGUAAGAAUUGCAAUGGAAGGUGUUGAAAGAUUCAAGAAUGAAAAUUGUGAUCUCAUAAUUGUUGACACCAGUGGGCGCCACAAACAAGAAGCAGCUCUCUUUGAAGAGAUGCGCCAAGUUUCUGAAGCAACUAAACCAGAUCUUGUUAUAUUUGUUAUGGAUAGUAGUAUUGGUCAAGCUGCUUUUGAUCAAGCUCAAGCAUUCAAGCAGAGUGUGGCAGUUGGAGCCGUGAUUGUUACUAAAAUGGAUGGUCAUGCCAAGGGAGGUGGUGCUCUUAGUGCAGUUGCAGCAACAAAAAGUCCAGUCAUAUUUAUUGGCACAGGAGAACAUAUGGAUGAGUUCGAAGUGUUUGAUGUGAAACCAUUUGUUAGCCGUCUUUUAGGUAUGGGCGACUGGUCUGGAUUCAUGGACAAAAUUCAGGAAGUUGUUCCGAUGGACCAACAGCCUGAGCUUCUCCAAAAGCUUUCAGAAGGAAAUUUUACUUUGAGAAUUAUGUACGAGCAAUUUCAGAAUAUACUUAAAAUGGGUCCCAUGGGGCAGGUAUUCUCUAUGCUUCCAGGAUUUAGUUCUGAGUUAAUGCCAAAAGGCAGUGAAAAGGAAAGUCAAGCAAAGCUUAAAAGAUACAUGACAAUGAUGGAUUCAAUGACCAACGAAGAGUUGGAUAGUUCCAACCCAAAGCUCAUGAACGAAUCGCGAAUCAUGCGGAUAGCAAGAGGUUCGGGUCGACGGAUUAGGGAAGUAAUGGAAAUGAUGGAAGAGUACAAGCGGCUAGCCAAGAUUUGGAGCAAGAUGAAGGGACUUAAGAUUCCGAAGAAGGGAGAAAUGAGUGCCUUAUCGAGAAACAUGAAUGCACAACACAUGAGCAAAGUCCUUCCACCACAGAUGUUGAAACAGAUUGGAGGCAUGGGCGGUUUACAAAACUUGAUGAAGCAGAUGGGUUCUGCUAAGGAUAUGAUGGGUAUGUUUGGAGGUGGGGAUAAGUAG